AGCUUUUGCUUACUUCAACACCCCAGAUACCAAGCGAGCAAGUAGAUCCAUUUCAAAUCUAAUUUUCCCGGAAAAUCUCACAUUGUCCUGGGAAUUUUUUAUCAUUAAUAUUUAAAGGAAAACCCAUGGCAAAUGCCUGGAAAAGAGAUAGAGGAACGAAUUUCGUCUCACCCAGAACACUAUUCUCACUCUUCUCCAUCACUUUCCUCUUCCUAAUCUUCUUCUUCUUCUUUUUCACCUCUUCAAAUCCUAACCCUUACCCUAACUCUAGCGUCAAUAUCAAAACCGCAUUCCCUUUCCGUACAAUCCAACCUUUCGAUUGCCAGAAAUGCCCCCAAUCCUACCCGGUGAUUGCGAACAUCGUCGAAAACCUGAGGCACCCAUUCCUGUACUCGCUCGCCGAUUUGGGAAAUUUGCCCGAAAAGCCACACAAGAACAUUGUCAGAUUGCUGAAGGGGAAACCCUUCAGGAAGCCGGACAUCUCUGCUACGGUCCAGGAGGUUUUGGAGAAGUUCAGAGGUGAAGGCAGAGAUGGGUUUUUUGUUGAUGUUGGGGGAAAUGUGGGUAUGGCUAGCUUCGCCGCCGCAGUAAUGGGGUUUCGGGUGCUGGUUUUUGAACCUGUUUUGGAGAAUUUGCAGCGGAUUUGUGAUGGGAUUUACUUGAAUCGAGUUGGGGAAUUGGUCACUGUCUUUGAAGCCGCCACCUCCGACCAUCUUGGAAAUAUCACAUUCCACAAGUUGGUUGGUCGGCUCGACAACAGUGCUGUUUCGGCCACUGGUGCGAAAUUGGCUUUCAAGUCAAACGAAGAGAUAGCACUUCAGGUUAGGUCUGUCCCUCUUGAUGAAGCAAUUCCAGAGUCAGAACCCGUGCUUCUACUCAAGAUUGAUGUUCAAGGUUGGGAGUAUCACGUUCUUAAAGGAGCAUCCAAGUUACUAUCAAGAAAGGGAAGUGAAGCCCCGUACCUUAUUUAUGAGGAGGAUGAGCGGUUGUUGCAAGCCAGUAAUACCACUGCAAAAGAGAUUCGAGAUUUUCUUCAUAGUGUGGGAUAUCAUCAUUGCUCGCAGCAUGGUACUGAUGCACAUUGCACCAAGAAGGAUUGACGUACAUACUUUGGCCUAAGAAAUUGAUACAGAACUUAAACCACUGCAAUUCCACCUCCAAAUUCGAAUAUGCUUUCAUUGAGGAGGAAACAUUCCUACAAAUGAGUCUUCUUAUCACUGAGAAUUUUUUGUUUUGACUUUGAGAGAACAUACGAGGUAAUGAAACUGUUAUAGCUUCUGUUGAUACUAUUGUAACAGAGUCAUAGAUGAAGAUAAUAUAUGGCAUUCGAACGCAAACUUCUGUCGCUCGGAGAACAUUUGAUCAUUCGUUGAACUUUUGUGAAGGGAAGUCGGGUUUGAAGCAAGCUACGUCUUUUGCUCACUAAAAUAUGUAGGGUGGCUUGAUUAUUAAUCUUGUCCUUGUUAGUUGCUGACUUGUGUAAAAUUCUUUGUUAUUUCAACUUUCUUUUAGCUAAACUCAUCUUUCAGAUACAUGUAUUAAUUGUUAUUGGUUCGAAUGGUUUUAGUAAUAUUAAAAUUCAGAUUAUAUGCAA